AUGCUCACUGUAGAGCUCUUUGAGGCGCUGGCGACGGCGCAGCCGCAACGAGAGGCAGUCGCCUCGGACGAUGACCUGGAAAGCGCCUGGAAUCUUGAGACCCUGAGGCAUCGGGCACGUAGCCUGGCCGGGGCAAUCCAGUGCCGGCUGGCGUCGCGCUAUGACGCCCUCGUGGCUGUGUGCCUACCCCGAGGCCCUGCUCUGCCAAUGGCACUGCUGGGUGUCUGGUAUGCGGGCGCCGCCUAUGUACCCUUGGAACCCUCCUUUCCCGUGGCCCGGCUCCGAUUCCUCCUCGAGGAUUCGCAGGCGCAGCUCCUCCUCACGGAACCUCGGACAGAGCCCAAGGACCUCCGCCAUGACGGGCAGACCCUGAGGCUCCAUUGGCCCAGUGGCGAGGUUGAGUCGGUAGACUCGAAAUCGCCGGCUUCCCAACUUUCUCCGGAGGCACCCAGCACCCUGGCCUACGUGAUCUACACCUCCGGCUCCACUGGCAAGCCGAAAGGCGUGCGGGUGGCAGCCGGCGCUGUGGCCAAUGUGCUCCAGGCCUUCGAGAGAAGCGUGCGCCAGGAAUGGAUCCUGACUGUCGUUGUUUGCAAGAACAUCUUCCCCUUUAAUUACGCAGCGGGACGCGAGGACGACGUGCUUGUCGCCGUGACAACCUUCUGCUUCGACAUCUCUGUGUUGGAGAAGCCUGGAGGGGGGGGUCUUCGGCUUGGCGAGCUGCCAGAAGGCUUUGUGCUAAGGCCGGCUCGGCUCAUCUUCCAGGCGACGCCAACAAGCUUCCGCUCCCUGAUGCAAGCAGGCUGGGAAGGCGGUGAUAACGUCGCCGCCAUCUGCGGUGGGGAGGCGUUUCCAAGCCAGCUGGCCGCCCCUCUGUUCCAUCUCUGCAGGGCGGGGUUGUGGAAUGCUUAUGGGCCCACAGAGACCACAAUUUGGUCUGCGGCCCAUCAUCUCCAAGGGAAUGAGACCGUCGUGCCCAUCGGCAUUCCCCUGCUAGGAACCAAACUGCAGCUUCUCUCUACAGGCGACUCAGGUGACAGCUCCCAUGACAGCGGCCUCGAGCUGGAAGCUUGCGAAGGUGAACUUCUCAUCGCUGGGGUUGGCGUGGCUGAAGGAUACCUGCGACGCCCGGACUUGAAUGCUGCAAAGUUCGUUGCGUUCAACGAGGGUCGUGCCUUCCUCACGGGGGACCGCGUCCGGCAAAGUGCCGGCGGGUACUUGGAGUUCAUGGGCCGGAUGGACCACCAGGUGAAAAUUCGCGGCUUCCGUGUGGAGCUGGGCGAAGUCGAGAGCAAGCUGGGCGCCCAUGCCCAGGUGGCAGCUGCCGUGGUUCUUCUGGCGGGCGGCAGCGACUCCCCCGAGCUGUGGGCGUUUGUCACCACGACCAGCGCAGUGGCAGGCGGGGAGUCUGCUCUGCGGAGCAGCCUCCGGCGUAGCUGUGCCGAGGAGCUGCCCAGCCACGCCAUUCCGAGCCGGCUCGGGAUCCUGGAAGACAUGCCGCUGCUGCCGAGUGGGAAAGUCGAUCGGCAGAAGCUGCUAGCAGGUUCGCCGCCCCCUGCGCUUGCUGAUGCCAGCGGCAAGAGCAACAGCGUAGUGACGGAGGCGCCCGGGUCGCUUCGGCAGAUGGUUGCCGAGCUCGUGGAGCGCGCCACGGGCGUGGCGGUGGAGGAGGAGACCGCAGAAUUGACGGCGCUGGGCAUCGACUCUGUAAGUGUUUUGCCCAGAAUGCGCGAGGUGCAGCGUCUACGCAGCUUCCUUCGCUUAAGAAACAGUGCAAGGGAGAGUGCUCCUGUGCAGAUGCCACCGGCUACAGAGGGCGCCGAACGCACGCCCGAAGCGAUCGUUGUGGGCAGCAGUGUGAUCGUGUCUGUUAUCAAGAGCAGAGCCAAGAAACGAUGA